UCCUAUAUUUCUGUUGACAAUAUGAGCAUACCUUCCUUCUGUUAUCUAACUAUUAAAGAAGGUAACGAAAAUUUCUUACGUUAUUAACUUUUGGUCUCCAUAUAUGGAAUUUACCUCUAUUCCAAAAGACCCCAGCCCAAUAUUACCUUCACAACCAAACACCCAUCUCAUCCUCUCCUCCUCCUCCUCACCCCUCCUUACAUUAGCUAUGCCACCACCACCACCUCUUCUAUCAAAUCCACAACACCACCACCACCACCUCUUCCUUCCUCUCUUUCUGUGAACUGCAACACCGCCACAACCUCAGCCGUUUCACCCUAAAUUUCCCUUCCUAAACACCCCCACUAUACUCCUCUGCCACAUGAAUUGCUUCUCUCUCUCUCUCAAAAUCACCUCCAUAAACCCACUACUACCCUAAUCGGAGGUUAUCCAGCCCUUCAAAAUUUGUAGUUAAAUUUUGGCAAUGGGGAUGUCCAUCAAAUGUUCGAUAAAUUGCUUGAGCUAUAUUGUGUUUCUAAGGAAGCUGAACUCGCUAGGGAGAAGACUCACAAUUACAAGUUGGACAAAUUACAUAUAUUUGCUGUAAGCAUGUUUGAUGACAUUGAAAAGUUUAUGAAAGUUCCUGAUGAAUGGGCCCCUCCUGAAAUGAAGCCAUAUGCACCAAUAGAAAAUCUGCAACAAUGGCUUACUGAUGAGAAGGGUAGAGAUCAAUUUGUUAUUCGUUCUGGUUCGGACAUGGAAGUUCUGUGGAAUGAUGUGAGACAGAUGAAGCCUGAGCCUGUUUACAAACAUUCACAUUGGACCGAAAAUUUUGUGCAGUGGUCCCCUCUAGGGACUUACUUAGCUACUGUUCAUAGGCAGCGUGCUAUUCUUCGGGGAGGUACCAACUUCAUCGAGUUUAUGCGUUAUGCUCAUCCCCAGGUAAAACUGAUUGAUUUUUCACCUAGUGAGAGAUUUUUGGUGACCUAUAGCAGCCAGGAACCAAACAAUCCUCGUGAUACUCAUAUGGUGGUGUUAAAUAUUUUUGAUGUGAGGACUGGAAAAGUGAUGAGAGAUUUCAAGGGAAACGCAGAUGAGUUUGCAGUUGGAGGAACAGGUGGUGUUAUAGGGGUGUCGUGGCCUGUUUUCAGAUGGAGUGGAAAAGAUGACAAGUAUUUUGCUCGAAUUGGCAAAAAUGCGAUCUCUGUCUACGAAUCAGAGACGUUUUCUCUUAUUGACAAGAAACCCAUAAAGCUCGAAAAUGUUGUGGACUUGAGUUGGUCACCCACUGAUCCCAUUCUUGCACUCUUUGUUCCUGAACGUGGCGGUGGGAACCAUCCUGCAAAGGUGAGUCUUAUUCAAAUCCCAAGCAAAGAGGAGUUGAGGCAGAAGAAUCUUUUCAGUGUUAGUGACUGCAAAAUGUAUUGGCAAAGCAAUGGGGAUUACCUUGCUGUUAAGGUUGGCCGUUACACAAAAACUAAGAAAAGCACAUAUACUGGCUUUGAGCUUUUCCGGAUCAAAGAACGGGACAUACCUAUUGAGGUUUUGGAGCUUGAAAACAAGAACGACAAGAUUAUUGCAUUUGCUUGGGAACCAAAGGGCCACAGGUUUGCUGUUAUCCAUGGUGAUAACCCUAGGCCUGACAUAAGUUUCUACUCGAUGCGUAGUGCUCAUAACAAUGGUUGGGUUUCAAAGCUCACAACUCUAAGGGGAAAGCCAGCUAAUGCUCUUUACUGGUCACCGGUUGGUCACUUCAUUGUCCUUGCAGGGUUGAAGGGUUUCAAUGGACAGUUGGAAUUCUACAAUGUUGACGAGCUUGAAACCAUGGUGAUGGCUGAGCAUUUUAUGGCAACUGAUAUUGAAUGGGAUCCUACUGGAAGGUAUGUUGCAACUUCGGUUACUUCAGUACAUGAGAUGGAAAAUGGUUUCAACAUCUGGUCUUUUAAUGGUAAGCUACUGUAUCGGAUACUGAAGGACCGCUUCUUCCAGUUUCUGUGGCGGCCGAGGGCCCCAUCCAUCUUGAGCAUGGAGAAAGAGGAGGAAAUUGCCAAGAACCUGAAGAAGUAUAGUAAGAAGUACGAGGCAGAGGACCAGGAUAUGUCACUGCUAUUGAGCGAGCAGGAUCAUGAGAAGCGAAGGAUGAUGAUGGAGGAAUGGGAUAGAUGGGUAGACGAAUGGAAGCGAUUGCAUGAAGAAGAGAAGCUGGAGAGGCAAAGGCAAAGAGAUGUAGAAGCCAGUGAUGAAGAGUAUGAGGUGAAGGAAGUCGAGGUUGAAGAGUCGUUGAAUGUUUCAGAAGAGGUUGUACCUGAACAGGAUCAUAUCCCAAUUUGCAUAGCAGCUCCAAACGGGGGUUUGGGAUUACGUAGAUGAAUCAUUAAUAUAAAGGGGUACUUAGGGGGCCGGUUUUUAUUAGUUAGACUUAUUUAUCUACAAGUUUUGAUUGAUAAAUUUAGAAUUGUAAAUUUUUUCAUUAAUAUUUAUUAUUCUUAUUCUCAUUCUUAUUCA